AUCAAAUCUCGUAAUCUUCUCUCACACACACCAAAAUUUCAACUUCUUUAUCUCAUAUACUUCCAAUUAAUUUUAAUAAUCUAAAGUUAAUUAAAUUACUUUCCCAAACUUUUCCAAACCCUAAACAUUUCAAUGGCUCCAAAAUCUUCCACCGCUUCACAUCCUACUUACGAAGAGAUGAUUAAGGAAGCAAUUGUGACACUGAAGAAGAAAACAGGUUCAAGUCAAUUUGCGAUUGCGAAAUUCAUCGAAGAGAAACACAAAAAUCUUUCUCCAAAUUUCAAGAAACUAUUGCUUCAAGCUUUGAAGAAAAACAUUGCUUCUGGAAAACUUGUUAAGGUUAAAGGUUCAUUCAAACUUUCUCCGGCGGCUAAAGCUUCUGAGCCGAAGACAAAGCCCGCCAUUGCGAAGCCGAAAACAAAGCCAGCUGCUAAAGUAACGUCGAUGAAGGCCAAGCCAGCCGCUAAGCCAAAGACGAAAGCUGCUGCUGCCAAGCCCAAAGCUGUUGUUGCUAAGCCCAAAGCUGCUGCUGUAAAGCCCAAGGCAGGUGUGAAACCUAAGACUGCGGAGAAACCUGUCAAGGCUGCAAGGACUUCAACGAGGACGACGCCGGGGAAGAAAGUUGUGGCUUCGAAGGCAGUAGUGAAGAAAGCUGUGGCUGCUAAGAAAGCUCCGGUGAAGAGAAAAAGUGUGAAGUCUCCGACGAAGAAAGUUUCGACGAAGAGAGGAGGAAGAAAAUGAGAGUUAGAGGAUAGUUUAUUUUAUAGUUUUAGUGAUGUAAAGUUCUUUAUUGCUUAAUGUAGUGGUUUAAAUGUUUAACAAGUUUUUUUCACCAAAAGGAUAAUAUCUAAUAGGUCGAAAUUAUUUUUAGUUGUUUGUUUAAUGCGUAUGUUGAUUCAAUCAUUCAAAUUUCAGAGU